UCCGUUGGCCACACACCUCCAUUUGUGAUAGUCGUCAUCACGUCGGUCCGUGUUGUUCGCGGUAUUAAAAAUCAAAGAUUGUGACUUAUGGGCUGUCAAAAAUACUACCAAUAGGGGAUGGCACUUUAUCAUGCCUUGAAGUAGUGUUUCGCGAUAAAAUUUGCUGGAAUUAGUUGAAAACUAGUGACUCCUGUGUAGACUGAACAAUUCCCAAGGAAAAAAGAAGCUGUGAGACUACACACACAUGUAAAGAUUUGGUGUACACGUAGAAACAUCUGAAUGAGGAACCCUACCGUGCAAACGCCUAGGAUAAGUGUGUGAAAAUUUUUACUUUUCGUUGGAAGAUGUAACUUUGCGGAACCAGUUUUGUGAGAGAAUUCAACAUAAUGGAAGGAUCUGUGAAAACGGAACCGGCCGAUGAUCCGGUUCCCCCAAAGUGAGGACCCACCACCAUCAUAUGUCCGUUGCUAACCAAAAAACCUAGAGCAACAAAAACACCACAGACUGCUCGGAACAACGAAUUCACAAGCCGAAAUUAGGAUCACAUUAGUAUAAAUAAUGCCGACGUGUGUAUUACCGAUGUAAAUAGGUAAAAUCGCCACUCCACCCAACAAAUGGAUUCGUCUCAGGGCAACCUUGCGCCCGGCCAAGAGAUACGAGUCGUCAGUGCCUCGGUCGUAGCGCAGCUACAGGCCCAAGGAUUACAGGGCAAUGAGCUCAAUGCAGCGAUUAUGGCUGCAUCGCAGCCACAGCAUCCCAAUCAGCAAGCUUUACAGCAACAGCAGAUUCAACAGCACCACCAGCAACAGCAACAGUUGCAACAACAACAACAACAGCAGCAGCAGCAGCAGCAGCAGCAACAACAACAACAGCAACAACAGCAGCAUCAGCAGCAGCAAGCAAAUCAAGCGGCCCACCAGCAACAACAGCAGCAAGCUCAGUUGCAACAGCAGGUACACCAGCUGGCGCAAGUUUCGCAGCAACAACCCCAGGUGAUCACUCUUCAGCAGCUGCAGAACUUCCUACCACAGCAUCAGCUGAGUACGAUUACCACGGCCGAUGGAACGCCCGUACAAGUGGCUACUUCUACAGCCAACACAGCCUCCGUUGGCACGCCAGUUAAAACCUAUGUCACCUCACCACACCAGGUGCAGCAGCCGCAGAUUUUGAAUUUGCAGGGACUACCACAGCAGUUCCUCCAGGGCGGGCAGAUAAUCCAGAAUCCCAAUGGGCUGUUCCAGAUGAUACAACCGGUGCAGGCAUUCAAUGUCGAUGGCCAGGAAGCAUUAUUUGUACCAGGUGGAAUGCAGAGCAACCAGCUGGCUGGGGCGCAGGCCGUGCAGAUCAAUGGUCAGCACGCCUUUCUGACACCAUCCGGUCAAUUAAUACGCGCUCCCAAUGGAGUUCUUCCAACAAAUUUUCUCCAGAAUAUGACUCAAGCUGUACAGCUACCUACUGCUGGUCAGGCUACGCUUACUAUCCCGGGAACUAAUAUAACAAUCCCUUUGGGUACGGCAAACACGGCAAAUGUUCUAACGCAACAACAGCAGCAACAGCAACAACAGCAGCAGCAGCAGCAAGCUGCCGUUGUAGCUGCUGCUAAUGCGGCUGCCGCCAAUCAGCAGCAAAAUCAAAAUCAACCACAACCAUCGCAAAAUCAGCAACAGCAACAAGCGCAAAAUCAGCAACAACAACAGCAGCAGCAACAAGUUCAACAAGUCCAGCAGCAGCAAGUUCAAGUUCAAGCACAGCAGGCUGUGCAACAACAUGCUGCAGCGCAGCAAAUUCAGCAAAUACAGCCAACAACAAUUACCAUCCCAGGCACAAACAUCCAAGUUCCGACAUCAGCCGUAACCACUCAGAACAUUUUGCCUAAUAAUAUAACAACCAUUAAGCUGGAAGGAGGUCAAAAUGUUCAGGUCAGACCAGCGGGUGGUUUGCCACAGGUUGUCCAAUUUCCAAUGCAACAGACCAUACCAGUGCAGGUUCCAAUUUCCACUGGCAAUGGUCAAACCGUCUAUCAGACCGUCCAUGUGCCAAUUCAAGCAUUCGGCUCAGCGCUGGUGCAGCCUCAGAUGCAAGUAAUACCGCAAAUUCCACAAGUAGCCAACAUUAUCACGCCCAGCGGUCAAAUUCAGCAGGUUCAGCUAACCUCGCUGAAUCCUUUGGCUGGACUCCAGGCAGCCGCUACACCGCAGAACAUUAUCUUGCAGCAGCCCCCGAGUUUGGCCCAAACGACAGGGACCACGGCGAUGAAUGCGACGAACUCGAUGGUGUCCUCGCUACCGACGGGCGCCAUUCAAUCCGGCGUACCAUCCGGGCAGGAAAAUAGCCAGCAAGCGCAAACACAACACCAGCAGCAGCAGCAGCCUCAGCCAAUUACGAUCGCAGGUCCCCAAGUGGGGCAGCAGAUCACUGUGAUACCGUCGGGUUCCCUUCCACAGCUUCGGCAGAAUGCUACCAAUAUCAUUCAGAUGCCGAACAUUCCCGGCCUGCAAGCUAUCCCCGUCCAAAACAUCCCAGGCAUUGGAAACGUUCAGGUGAUCCCGACAAAUUUCAUGCAACCGGUUCAACCGCAAACAGCGGCGUCGCAGCCUCAGUUGAACCCGGUCAAUCAAGUAGGGCAAACUAUAUCCCUCCAGCAGGCAGCGGCGCAUCCAUUAUCAAAUAUAAAGCAGGAUCCAAGCGACCCCGGUAAAUGGUACAUUAAACAGGAAGCGAUUCCAAUUCAACCACAACCGGUGGGAAACACAUCCAGCAGUGGUGCUACCAGUGCUACCAUAUCAACGAUGCAAACAACGACAUCCGGCGGUGGUGGUGGUGGUGGUAACAUUUUGCCAACACCAUCCCCCCAGCCCAUCAUCAGCACCAGCACCCCGAGCGGCCACCAGAUCAAGGGAGAAAUUGUGAACUCUCCCACCCAGACCUCGGUGAAUGUAAAUAUAAGCGUAGGUGAUAACAGUAGCAGUAACGAUCAAGCACCGAAACCCCGCGUCCGGAGGGUCGCCUGUACCUGUCCCAAUUGCGAAACCAAGGGCGAGGGUCCGCCCGAUAGAAAGAAGCAGCACAUCUGUCACGUGAGCGGUUGCAACAAGGUGUACGGAAAAACUUCCCACCUGAGGGCGCACCUGCGGUGGCAUACGGGCGAACGGCCGUUUGUCUGUUCGUGGAUGUACUGUGGGAAACGUUUCACCCGGUCCGACGAGCUCCAGCGACACCGACGAACGCACACCGGAGAGAAACGCUUCCAAUGCCCGGAGUGCAACAAGAAGUUUAUGCGGAGCGAUCAUCUCUCGAAGCACAUCCGAACCCACAACAAGUUGAAGAAGGACCACGUGCGCUAUCUGCUGGAGUUGGGCGAUUCGAUGAAGUCGGGUGGUCUGAGUGACGAGGGCGAUGAUGACCUCGAUAUGGCUGACGAUGAUCUGAAAAUGGAAGAUGACGACGAGGACCCUAUGCCGAUAGAACACCUUAGCAAACCAAAACUGGAACCGGAUGUCCCUCUCACGGGUUCCCAUCCAUCUGCGGGCCCUACACCAACCCCCUCGGUUGGACUGAUGGUUGCUGGCAGUCCUGCUGCAGGUUCCGUACAACCAGUUGCAAUGACCAAUGGCACUGACAUAGUUUGGAUAGCAUCGGCCCCUUUGCUGGGUCUGCCGCAGCCUACGCCACCACCUCCACCACCACUUUACAGCAUCAAACAGCUGAACAGCUCGCAGGAAGUGGCAAAUUCAGCCCAUUCAGCCUCCUCGGACAGCAAUGACAGCUCGGAUGAGAAAAUGAUGAUCACCCUCGGCAAUGACGAUCAGGACCAGUCGAUUGAGUCAAACUAGCAUAUCGAAACGCUGUCCAUCCAUCAAUUUGCAUCUUUCGACAGCUGUAGAUUACCGUUUGGGCAGUUCUAGGCAUUUCCAAAUUGGGAAUGUGAGGUAUGAGAGUGGAAGUGUAUUACAGAAUUGAAUCUCGAUCCUUCUAGAUGGGUCUUCGAAUAUCAUAGAUACGUGUAUUUGACAGGCGACUUGUUUGAUUUUUUUUAUGUACAUAUGAUACUAACUUUCGGAUGAAAUACUCGUAUCUGUGACGGAUACAAAUGAUCAAUCGUUUUCUACUUUUCCAAAUAAAUAAAGUUGGAUUCGAAGUGAAUCAACCAUUAAC